AUGCGUUCGGCUCGACUGGAAAAACCUGCAGGUUUUUAUAAUGUGCCAUUUUCUUUGAAAACUUCUAGCUUAACUAAAAUAAAAAUAUUACUUGUUUCCAUUUAUAGCUAUUUCAUUGUUUUAUUUUCUUCUCUAAUAUUUGAUCCAAAAACUGUCUUCCUGAAGGUUUUGGAGUGGCUAAAAGUCCUGAAUCUUAGUCACUCCAAGUACUUAACAGAAACUCCUGACUUUUCGAGACUUCCAAGUCUUGAAGAACUCAUUCUCAAAGAUUGCCCUAGAUUGCGCAAAUUACACCAAUCUAUUGGAAGUCUUUCCAAUCUUACACUGCUAAAUUUGAAGGACUGCACAAGUCUAAGCAAUCUCCCGAGAAAGAUAUAUAUGUUGAAAUCUUUAAAAACUCUCAUUCUCGCUGGUUGUUCGAAGAUUUACCUAUUGGAAAAAGAUAUAGUCCAAAUGGAAUCCUUGAUAUCUCUAAUUGCUGAAAAUAAAGCCGUUAAACAAGUGCCUUUUUCAAUUGUAAGCUCAAGAAGCAUUGGAUAUAUAUCCUUACAUCGACUUGAGGGACUGUCACAUAAUGCUUUUCAUUUUAUCAUUCGGUCUCGGAUGUCACCAACAAUCAAUCCCCUAUCUUAUAUUCAUUCAUUCACGGAUAUGGAGGAUAAUUUUUGGGAUGUUAUUGGACCAUUCUUUAGCAGCUUUGUAAAUCUUCGAAGCGUUUUCGUUCAGUGUGACCCCGAGUUUCAACUAUCUCAGCAAGUGAAAACUAUUCUGGUCGAAUAUGGCGUGAAUAUUACAGAAUCAAGAAUUUCAAAGCAUUGCUUCAGGUCUUCUUUGGUUGGUGUUGGAAGAUACAAUGAAUUCUUAAAUACUGUAUUGGAAAGCAGUGAGUCAGGUGAUGUUUCUCUUCCAGGUGACAACGAUCCUUAUUGGUUGGCCCAUAUAGGUGAGGGACAUUCUGUUUCUUUCACUGUACCUCAAGAUCGUGUCAUGAAGGGAAUAGUUUUGUGUGUUGUUUAUUUAUCAACCCCGUUAAUCGUGACAACUGAAUGUCUUACAAGUGUCUUAAUUGUUAAUUACACAAAGUGUACAUUACUGAUGCACAACCAUGGCACAGUAAUUUCCUUUAAUGAUGAAGAUUGCAUAUGAAUAAUGUCAAAUUUAGGAUCAGGAGACAAGGUGGAGAUUUUUGUGACUUUUGGUCAUGGAUUGAUGGUCAAGAACACAGCUAUCUAUUUGAUAUAUUGUGAAUCAGAACACUUG